AUGGCCAACUCCACCCUCGCGAUCCUCCAUCUCGACCCAGACCAUAUAUCUUGCAUUGGCGGACGAACCGUCCUUACCUGCCGGAGCUGCGCUGGCAAUGCCCCAAGGUACAUAAACCCGAACCCCAAACUGCUAUAUUCCAGCCAUCCCGUCUCUCAUAUGCUUAUAAUACAGCAGAGGAUCAAUUUGCACAAGCUGCGACGGCCGCGGCUUCAACAUCUUCGUCUGCGCGCACUGCAACCCCGCCGCCGCAGCUGCCGCCGUGCGAGCCAGCCAGGCCAGCAGUGCAUCGGCAACAGCAAACACUACACCUGGCUCAUCUGUGCCGUCAUCACCAAGCUCGUUAAGCCGGAGCUCGUCUACUUCAUACCCCUCCCACUCGGACCCCAGGAGUACUCGGUCCUGGAAGCGGUUGGACGGGACGAGUUGUGGACAGGUCGAAACCAAUACGUCCCGUAA